AUGUCAAGACCACCCACUCCAUCAGAGGUUCAGAGCAUGCUACAACACCUCGACGACGAUCGAAGAACAGCAAUGACCGUCAGUAGUGUUGUAUGUGGCGUCUUGUCUUUAGUUUUUGUCGCCAUGAGAGUGACUGCAAGGAAGCUCCCGGGCAUCCCUUUGGGACCCGAUGAUUGGUGGAUGUUUGCGAGCUUGUUCUUGUACAUUGGCACACCCAUAUGUUUCGCGUGGACGACAAAGUAUGGUGCCGGGCGACACGUUGUCCUUCUUACCGAUGGCAAGGCUUUUGCAACGGUAUCCCUUCUAUAUCUAUACGGUCGAAUCUUCCCGCAGCGGUGGUUCAAACUUACCCUCAUUUAUUUUGGAGUGUUCCUUGCCCUCAUGACCAUCGUCUCGUUGUUGGUGUGCGUGUUGCAAUGCAUUCCAAUUCAUAAGAUGUGGAAUUCUGCGGCCUCUAGCGGUUGCGUCGACUUUGGAAGAUUUGCCUUAGCUAUGGCAUGUGUCAACAUCACUACAGAUGUUGUCAUUCUCAUCAUGCCUCUACCAGUGGUGUGGGGUUUGAGGAUCAGGAAAACUAAGAAAUGGCUCGUCAGCUUGUCUUUCAUCAUGGGUGGUUCCGCUUGCGUCGUGUGUCUCAUUCGCCUUCUAUUCGUACUCAAGGUCGCAUCCACCCCAGAUCCUACAUGGGAUAGCAUACCAUCGGGCAUCACCUCAACAUUCGAGCUAUGUGUGGGCAUCUUUGCAGCGUCAUUCCCAACCUAUCGCCCACUUUACAAAUGGCUGUUUCCCGGUGAGGAUGAUGAGAUGGUUGGACAAAGCAGCGGCUACGCAAGCUCAAGUUCUCGAAAGUGGAAACGGUCGCAGAACCAGGCUUCGGUCAACAACAAUAUAAUAAAGAUGACAACCAUACGAAACGAAAGGGGACCACGAGAACCCGAUGAGGAAAGACUGUAUGUGAUUGCUAAGGAUGCAGAGACAAGCCGCGAUACGUUCAAGUGA